AUGGGCAACAGCUCGACUGGACUUCCUCCGGAAGUGGUCAGCCAGAUCCUCUGGCAUCUCGGACCCCCGGCCCUGCGGCGCUGUCUGCGCGUCAACUCCUCCUUCAACGCUCUCGCCCAACGCCCUCUAGCCGCCUGCGUCUCAGCCUAUGUCGCCGCGGACGGGAAAGGGAUGACAUUCCCUCACAUCAAAGAAUCCACCGCAGAGCAGAAGAAGCAGCAGUCUGUUCCCCAAGCGGUGCCACCCUUCGUUCCACAAACUCACGCCUCCCCGCCCAUCACGGCGCUUAGUCAGUUGUAUCGUCCUCAGCAAAACCCAGCCCCGGGCCAGUCGUCCGCCGUUCCCAAGCGUAUCCCCGAGAACUUGCGCUGCCUGACAGUGGGUAAACACUGGCGCUGCUACCCGGGCAGUCGUACCCCGUUCGCUGCCUCCCUUGAAACGCCAAUUAUCUCCUCAUGCCGUGUCCUCAAGGUCUUACUCGCUUCCCCGGAUGACCGGGACCACAUUGCCAGCCCUCAUUCCGACUACUUCCCACUAUCGCUUAGCGCCCGUUUGGAACUCUCCGAGGUUUCAGAGGACGAUACAGACAUUCCGUACGAGUAUGUCUGCGUCCUCCCCCUUGAAUGCCAACUUCUCCACUUUGGGGUGAAGGACGCCGACAUUUGCAAACUCGUACUCCGCAAUGUUCCUCUUGUCUUCGGCAACGUCGACCCGGGCCUGUUGCCUCUGACAACAUCCCACAGAAUCCAGGAAGCGGUCAUUGCCUUCAACCUGUACUCCAUGAGCUCGUCGAACGGAGAUGCAAUGGAGAGCUGGUAUGGCGGCGGUGACGACCCUAUCUGCUCGGAGGCCCCCGAAGAGCUGGCCUAUCCCGCGAUAGGGAGCAUCGGGUCUGGCGUUCCCCCUAACGUCGAGUCUCUGACCUUCGUGUUCUGGACGUACUGCCCAGAAGAGGUAUCAGCUCCGCCCUGCUGCUACGUCCGCGAACUCUGGGACUGCAUGGAAGAGGAAGAACACCAUCUGGACGAGGACGGCGAUCGCGAGUCCGAACCACCCCAUGAAUCCUGCUGGGAAGAGGGCUUCUGGCGAGAGCUGGCUGUGGCGGUCGCUCCAUUGUUUCUCCGCAACUUGCGCCAGCUCACCAUUGUGAACGCCAGCAGCAUCGUCCCCACUGGAGCACCGCCCCAGGCAACCCUCGAGCUGAUGUCAAGUGGCCUCUUCAGACACGACGUCUUCGAAACCAAGUUCCGCGUACAGCUGUACGACCAUCUCUGUUCCGAUCAUAGCGUCACACCCGACAAAGCGAGAGAGUGUGUUGGGCACGUCAAGUUCAAGUACACAAAGGACUGGCUGUUGUUUACGGACUGGGACGACGUCUUCAGCUGGUCGGAGGUCAGGCCGUGGCUUGAGUUCAAGCGGCCGGCACUCAUCACAGACUACUUCAAGCCGGUUGACGCGGAAGCAGCCAAGUGGAGAAGCGACAUGAACAAGGCGGAGCGCUAUCACUUGGAGAAGAGGAGGAAGAAAUACGCACUUAGUUAA